AAGAGCUGUUCUCGCGAGAGUUAGCGACACCGUACAAGCUUUAUGAUCCCAGCCGCACGGUUGUAGUAGUAACCUAACUUAGUGUAUAAAAUCUGUUUGUUAGUGUUAAAAAUUACAUAUUUUAGUAUGGAACGUCAAGGCCAAAACAAUACGUUGCUAUUGUUAUCACCUUAGAAGUGUUGUUUGUUUUUUAGAUAAAAUAAAGAUGUUGCUGUCUUAGGUCGCUGGUAGGCUACAGUUAACUACAUGCUGAAGUUAGCAUCGUCAGGGAAACGUGAACAACAUUUUACUGCGUAUUUAUCGUAGAGUUUAGUUUUUCUUUACAGUUAGGCAAGCAUGAAGUGUCACUAUGAAAUCUUGGGUGUGAAACGAGACGCAGGAGAUGAAGAUUUGAAGAAAGCUUAUCGUAAAUUAGCACUGAAAUGGCAUCCCGAUAAAAACUUGGACAAUGCUGAGGAGGCCGCAGAGCAGUUCAAGCUGAUUCAGGCAGCUUAUGAUGUCCUGAGUGAUCCACAGGAGAGGGCUUGGUAUGACAAUCACAGGGAGGCUCUGCUGAAAGGAGGACUGAGUGGAGAUUAUGAAGAUGACAGCAUUGACCUGCUGCAGUACUUCACGGUCACCUGCUACUCUGGCUACAGAGAUGAUGAUAAGGGGUUUUACACAGUCUAUAGGAAUCUCUUUGAAUCCAUUGCUAAGGAGGAGAUGGAACACAGCAGGGUGGAAGAUGAGGAAGAGGAGGAUGAGUUUCCUCCCUUUGGAGACUCUGAGAGUGACUAUGAUACCGUGGUGCAUGUAUUUUAUGGCUACUGGCAGAGCUUCUGCACUCGUAAAAACUUUGCCUGGAAGGAGGAGUAUGAUACAAGACAGGCCUCCAACCGCUGGGAGAAAAGGGCCAUGGAGAAAGAGAACAAGAAGACCAGAGAGAAGGCUCGAAAGGAGCGCAACGAGCUCGUGCGACAGCUCGUGGCUUUUGUUCGCAAGCGUGACCGCCGCGUGCAGGCCCACAGAAAGCUGGUGGAGGAGCAGAACGCUGAGAAGAUCAAGAAGGUGGAGGAGCUGAGGCGGAAGCAGAAGCUCAGCCAGGCCAAGCUGGCAGAGGAGUACAAGGAGCAGAGCUGGGCGGCCAUGUCUGAGCUUGAGAAGGAGCUGCAGCAGAUAGAAGCUCAGUACGGAGAGGAGUUUGGAGAUGUUUCUGUGAGUGAGGAAGAAGAGAACAGCGAGGAGGGAGGAGAUGCGGAGCAGCCUGAUGGAGACGAGCUGACAAUUGACUAUUAUGAUGAUCUGUACUGCCCAGCCUGCGACAAAUCCUUCAAAUCGGAUAAAGCUAUGAAAAACCAUGAAAAAUCCAAAAAGCACCGGGAGAUGGUGGCGCUGCUGCGGCAACAGCUGGAGGAGGAAGAGGAUUCACUUGGUCUGAACCCGGACGGAACGGAUGGAAGAGAGGAGGAAACUGAGCAGCAGCAGCAGCAGGAGGAGGAGGAGGAGGGUGAUGAGGAAGAUGAUGAAGAGGAAGACAAACCGAGGCAAAAGCUGUCCAAAAAGCAGAAGAGGAAAAAGAAACAGCAGAAAGUACGUCAGGCUGCUCUGGAGGAGGAGGAGGAGAAGGAGGAGAAGAAGCAGCAGGAGGAAAAGAAGGAGAAACCAACGCUGACAACCUUGGAGGACGAUACCCCUGAAAAGCCAGCAAACCCUCCAGAUGCAGAGAGGCAGGAUGAUCUUCCUCCCACAGAAGUCAAGAGCAGUUCUGGGAAGCCAAAGGGAAAGAAAGGAGGAGGAAAAGACAAACAGAAGAAUGUCAAGUCGAACACAGGAGGAGAUCACAUUCCUGAGAAGGAAGUAAUCCUCCGCUGCGUGACUUGUAACAACGAGUUCCCCACAAGAAACAAGUUGUUUGACCAUCUGAAGGCCAGCGGCCACGCCUCCGCUCUCCCAAACUCUGCUUACGGCUCCGUGAGCAAGAGCAAAAAAGACAAGAGGAAGAACAGAUAACGCGUCUUCAUCCGGGCUGAUGAACGCCUGAGGAGUUGGACUCGACACCCUGAGAAGUCUCUUAGGACGAAGAUGGAAAAGGCCUUUGGAAAGUUGGCUUAAAUGGACAGGAUUGACUGACUGAUGGCGUGUAGUCUUUUUUUGAAUUUCACAAUCACAUUUGCUGAUUGAUAUAAAUCAGUUAAGAUGAAUGAGAGGCUCCUCUUCUCAUUCUUCCACACUUAAAUGUUUGCUUUACCUUUGCCAGUAACUUAUGAAAUUCUCAGCACUGAUGAACCAGUGCGGGAAAAAAAUAAACCCCACAGGAUGUGCAUUAUUCAUGUUUAUCCCUGCUCUCAGAUCCUUUAAGGUGUUGGGAGACACCUGUCCAAUAACCUGUUGGUUUGUCUUGGUAAGUUCCAUAGUGGUAUUUGGUUUUUAUGCAACAACUCAACAAGUAAGCUCAAGUAACCCUAUUAAACAAUAAACUGCUGUAUGUUAGUCAUGUACAAAA